CAGCUGCAGAGAGAAUAGGCAGAGCAGCCGUGCACCGAGACAGGCUACGAUAAAUAAGGACGCACGCCUUUAUACUGGAACGGGAUUAUAGCUCAAUGCAGACGCAGUUUACUGUACAGUUUGUGAAAACCGAGGAAAUUGCGCUUUGGAAUUUAUACAUUUUAGCGUUCAGUAGUUUCGAAACUAAACGAACAAUUCAUUUCACUGCAAAACUCAUUUUUUUAAAAAUUAAAUACUGGGCUGACCAAAACGACCACCGCUACAGCAAGUUGAGAUUUUCGUAAAAUCGGCAUUGGAGCAAUAUUAGCCUGCUUAUUGCGCGCUACAGAAAUGCCUUUCAGUCACCUUCGGAAUUAGCCCAGGACUUGGCGUGCGUGUUUCUUAGACUAAGCGUUUUGUGGUUUGCACUGACAACAUUCAAAAUAACAAUUUGACAACAUCGCACUAACAACCCUAGCCAGCAACACAAGCAAUACAGAUCAAUGAAGAAUGCGGGAGUAUUUUGGUGUUCUGUCCAGACGGAGUUAAUGAAGCCCUCGGUGGUAUCAUGCGUCUUCUCCCCGAGCCCAGCGCGCAGUCUUUGCGGCUCAUCUUUCUGCUAAUAUUCGUGAUGGGGGUGGCACCGUCCCCAGCUUUAACUGCGGGUUGUCCUGACCGCUGCGUGUGCGACGACCAGCUGGUCGUCCAGUGUGCCGGGCAGCAACUGACCGACUUUCCUGCCGACCUCCCGCUAGCCACCCGGCAGCUCAUAAUCUCCAACAACCGUAUCGGUGAGCUACCGGCGCUGCAGCUCAACUACCUGUCCGACCUAGUGUACCUGGACUGCAGCAACAACUCUCUCACGGAAAUAUCGGAGUCAACAUUUGGUAACCUCCGGAAGCUUGCCUACCUAGAUCUGUCCUUCAACACUUUAGCCCAAAUUGAUGACCGGACGUUCGGCCCGUUGGCCAGCCUGGUGAUGCUGAGAAUGACGGACAAUCCCGGUCUCUCAGAGAUUCACCCUGAUGCUUUCUCCGAGAACGCUGCGCUCCAGGUUCUGGAUGUCAGCCGGAACAACCUAACAACGCUUAAUAUCAGCACCCUUAUUGCCUUGCCAGCCCUUCGAUCUCUCGGACUGAGCGGGAACCCCUGGCGCUGUGACUGCGACACCGAGGACCUCUGUCUUUGGGUGCAAAUCGAAGGAUUCAAGUUUCAAGAUGAAGGACAGACUGUGUGCCGGGGACCUCCGGACAUGACUGGGCAGCGGCUGGCGGAGGUGGGCAUGCAGCUUCGGGCCGAGUGCCACCAGGGCCUGGGCUACUGGGACUACCUCUUCUUCAUCGCCAUCGGCUUCGUCAUCUUCUCGGCCGGCACGGUGUCCGCCUGGGUGAUGGGGGUGCUGAUGGUGCUGUACGAACGCUACAGCAAGAGGAAGAGCGAGCGGCUGGACAGCGACGACGAGGAGGACAGGGGCGGACCGGGGAUUGGGAGUAACCAGGGCAACGGGGACCUGAAGAAGCCCAGCAUGCAGGUGUGAUGUUCACGGGGGAAAAGAGGAGGAAGGAGGAAGGGCAUCUGAGGAGUAGACUGGCGGUUUUCGGGCACUUGAAAGAUGAUCACUCAGGAAGUGUGCGUCAGUGUUGCGGAGUCUGAAAGGGAUUUCUUAGCCUCUCCACUGCUCAUAGACGGGGGCCAAGCUCUUCGACUGGGUGUGCGAGACAGCAUCUUCCACCGCUGGACUGCGUACGUUCUGCUCUCACACAGAAUUGGACUUAAUGGAAAGACUGCGGGUUUUAGUCGAAGAGAACGGGGUCCCAGCCAGUGCAGGCGGAGCAAUGACCUGAACAUGCCAUUUUCCAGAGGGACACAGAGAGCGAGGAGGUGCUUUUAACGAGAGCGAUUCACUGCUGAUAUAUUAACACUACAGUACUACGUUUCCCAGAGGCUGCAUUCUCCAGCCCAUCAUAUAUGGGUCUAGGUAGGCUAGGAUAACUGCAAAUUAUAAUCACAUAGAAGAACUCCAGCGCUUGUUAUCUAAUUGGGGUAGGGUUAGCACAGAGCAUUGCUCAUUAAAGGGGAUUUAGUGAUUUAUAGCUUCAGAGGAAAAGCAACUCUGGCUCCCAUCACAAGGGGAUCAGGCCUAGUCAACGAUAAUAUAUGACACCUGACCUGCCUGGUGUAAAAUGUCUUUGGAAAAAAAUGCUGUGAACAGGGGUAGUGUCUGGACAGCACUGUCAGCAAAAUGGGGGGGGGGGGGUUCCAUUUGCGUGUGUGUCUGUGUGUGUCUGUGUGUGUAUGUGUGUGUGUGCGUGUGUGUGGAGGGGGAGUAUUGAUUGAUUCCUCUUAAUUGAGUCCAGUACUACAGGUCAAGGUGGAAUAGCUCUUAGCAUACCUCUACGCGCUGCACCAGAAGCCUUAGGCACUGUGGAAGACAUAAUUCUGCAGCAAUAAAGCCAUGUCUGGGGAAGCUGAGAGAGACAGGCGGUGCCACCCAGCGUUAGGCGAUGCGCUUCCGUCCUGGCUUAAGCAAAUUCCCACGGCAAAAGAGGUACACGUGGGGUACAAUGAAGAGGGUCGCCCCGUUUUUGGGUGUGGCUAAACUAGCAGUCAUGUUUUGUAGGCCAUUCCCGGUGCACCAUGGGAUGCUUCGCUACAUAGAAUCCCCCAGGACCUUUACAUCCCGAGUCCAGGAUCGUCACAGGUCAUCCUGCUUUCUGUCCCGUGUCUUUGAAAUAAGGUUGACGCAUCAUUAGUGGCUCGUGUAUUUACGACCUUCUAAAACAGUCUGGAAAAGGCUUGGGGGGGGGGGGGGGGUUCAUUGAGGCUGAGUCUCAGAUAUAAGGACUCUCGGCACUGACCUCUACCUCACUUCACCACCUCCAUGCCGUGUCUCUGGCUUAACCCGGGUCACGAAUACCCGAGGUCAGUGCUGAGAAGGCCCAGGGGUUCCUGCUGGUGCACAGAGAUGAGUAUUAUCCCACCUACAGCUGCAGACAGAAAUAUCACGUGUUGAAGGGGAAAGGGGAUUAGCUGGGAUGUGUAUAUAUAUAUAUAUAUAUAUAUAUAUAUAUAUGGGAGAUGUUGGAGGAUGUAUGGUGGAGUUUCUGCUAACCGCCAGAGACACAUGGGUGUGGUGGGCUUAAUGUCAUGCGGGAUGAGCCUCUGGCUGGCGUCAGCUGCAAAGCAAUAAGAGGGGACUCCAGAGUGGCCCCUCCCACUUAUCUAGGCCUUGUCUAGGCCAACCCCCUCCCACAGCUGUGUGUGUAUGUGUGUGUGUGUGUGUGUGUGUGUGUGUGUGUGUGUGAGGCUGAGCACUUCAUGAAUGUUAGCGUGUUUGGUACUGACUGCUUGGAGCUUGGAUCUCUACGCACGGGACCCAUCUCUUUCUCAGGGGGUCCUCAGCUGAACGCUGGCUGUGGCGGCUGUUGGACGUCGGGGCGCGUGCUGGCAUUCUGUGCAUGUAUCUGUACAUUAUGUAGAUUACAUACGUGUAAUCUCGCACGUGAGGGGAGGGGAAAAAAGUGAAGUUACUGUGACUGCGGGGAUAAGCCAAUCAGACUAGAAUACUUAUGAGCUUAUUUGUGCCCUUAGAUCAAUAUCCCCUUCAAAGGCGCCCGUGUCUUUUGCCGCCGUCUGCGGCGCAAGGCAAACUCCGAAAUGUGUAUUUCAGUCCACAGCGCCGACAUGAAAAGAAUAUUAAUAAGCGUCGGCAGUCUGUACGGGGCCCCAGAGAAAUCAUCCUCUACAAACAGCGAUGCUGUGGGGCCUACGAAGGAGGGGAUGUGGUGCACUCCUGGGCUUCAUCCAUUUAACAUCGUUCCCCCCGCCCGGGUCAGACACGGUCUCGUCUGUCUUGUCUGUCUCGCGUGCGGAAUUCUCUGCAGCGGCAUUGUUUUUUUGUUUUUUUUCGCAAGGCGGUGAUAGUGAAUAGGGCCGGCUUGAGAAGAGGCAGCUUGGGAGGCUAAAUCAAGAAGAUGACAGUUUCCUUUAGAGAGGACCCACAGUGACAGAGCAGAGCAAAAUGGCUCUUUUUUCCUUCUGCCUGACACUACUCAGACCUUAGCAUUCCUGUUAACCUGUCCCGUAGCAUGCGCAGGAAGACUGACUGUGAGUCAAAGUGUGAUCUACAGGUCAGUUGAGCAGGUAGAUGAAGUGUUAAAAGAAUUCUGGCCACCACAGGUGCGCUCCAUUGACAGCACUUCAAUGUUCCUGAAUAUUCCGGAGUGGGCAAGUUCGGAACACAUUUUUUAUUGUGAUUGACAGUUUAAACGGGUUCUCUGAUUGCAGUUGAAUUCUGAAACAAAACAGGAAGUGUCUCCUGGGUAAUCUGUGCUCAGAUUUGCGUGGGCAUUUCCCGGGACCCGAGAUUUGAUGCGAAGAUGGCACAUUCUUCACUGAGCACUUAAGAGUCGGAUGCCUGAAUGAACAGGCUGGCGCAAGCCAAGAGUCGAACACAAAGAGUAGCGACAAAUAUUUGCUGACUGCACAAAACACUGGCAACCCCGCCCGCCUCUGCUCCUAUCCUGUAUGGCUUCUGAAUCAGUGCCCAUAUAUCGGGCUCAGGACUUAAUAUGCGCUGUACAGCAUGUCCCUGCGGAUGAUAUUUCAUUUUCAGCGCAGGAUACUUCUAUGUUUGCUUGACAGAUCAGCCGAGCCAUGCAUUUAAACUGUCUUUGUGCAUCCUCUAAGUGGGCCUCCUGUGUCAUGCCUCAUAAAGUGAUCAAAUAUUUACCGUAGCACUUCUGCGCCCCCAUUACUUUACUUCCUCCUUGCACACACAGGGGCUAAUUUACUUGAAUUUACAGAAACUCUGAAAAUAUUCUCACAAAU